AUGUGUGACGAGGCAUUUAUUCUUCAAGCAGAUGGGCGGGAGCACAUUUCCGAUGUGCGCUUUGUCAGCUCCUUACCACAUGAUCCGUCGGCUGUCCUCACAGCGUCGCGCGACAACACAGCCAAGCUAUCCACUAUUCCGACCUCAGGGGAUACCGUGGUAGGUGGUCUAACCUUCAUUGGUCAUACUGCCUUUGUCAACUAUGUUCUCUUUCAUCCUGGCAUGGAGCUUCUGGACCACGAAGCGUGCAUUGUCACUGGAUCAAAUGAUAAGCACGUAGCUCUGUGGAACGCUGAAUCGUCAGCGGUAGAAGCCGUGUUGGAUGGGCACAACAGUGGCACCUGUUGUGGAGCCAUCAUGUACUUUACUCCCGGAAGUGUCAACACAGAGGUGGAGGAUGCGCUUGCUGGCGACAUUAUUUCUGGCGAUUGGAGCGGUACAGUCCUUAUUUUCGAUCACAAAAGUGGACGACCGAAACAGCUCUACAACAAGCACAGCACAGCCAUUCGUGGCGUGGCGCAGCUGACAAACACCUCAGCAGUCGUGACUGGCUCUGGUGAUAAGAUGGUUCAUGCCUGGGAUGCGUUGACCGGAAAGACCAUACAGAUUUUCUCUGGCCACCAGGAUGUUGUGCAGUGCAUUUGUGCGGUCGAUAGUACCCGCUUUGCGUCGGCAGGAAACGAUUGCACAGUUCGAUUGUGGAGCAUCGGCACCGAAGGCCCCCUCCAAGUAAUGCACGGCCAUGACUCACUAAUCUACUCUAUCAGCUGGUCUCCGGCUCUAUCGGAGCUGUACACUGCCUCAGAGGACCACACAGUGCGGGUAUGGCGUUCCAGUGGUGCUGCUAGUAAGUUAUCCACUGUGCAAGUCAUUCAGCAUCCCUGCGUCGUAUGGAGUGUGGCGCCGACAUCAGACGGCAGGCUGCUCUCUGGUGGCUCAGAUCACACUGUGCGCGUAUGGACCCGUAAUUACGAGCACAUGGCGUCUAUAGAGAAGCUGGAAGCCUUAGAGACGGCCGUCUCCUCCCAGACUAUGGAUGUCAAAAUCGCCAAAUCCAGCUGCUCUGCUGCCGCCAGUGGCGGCCUCAAUCUGGAAUCAAUGCCCUUCACUCACGAGAUUGUGCAGCGUCGCGGCACCCUAGAGGGGGAGCGCCUCUUUGCCCGCAACGAAAAGGGCGAGGUGGAGUUGUAUGUGUGGAAUGUCAGUCGCUGGGAGAAGAUCGGCGUUGUAGUAGCAGGGACAGACGCUCAGCGCUACACAGGCACUUCGGAACAGCAGCGCGAGAAGCACUUUUACAAGGGACAAUCUUACGACUAUCUCUUCGAUGUGAAUGUUGAGGGUCGCAUGCUGAAGCUGCCCUACAAUAUUGGCGACAGUGUUGUAGAAACGGCAAAGCGCUUUAUCCAGGACCACGCUGGCGUCGUUGCGCAGGACUCGCAGGAAGAGAUACAAAACUUUCUUAUGGCCCAUGUCUCACCAGAAGAUCUCUUGCGUAUUCCGGGCUUGGAGAGUACUAGACGAGCCUCCUCUAGUGGCACUACAGCAACGGCCUCUCUGUCACCACCGGCGUCACCAGCAGAAGCCGAGCGUCUCCUUCCUGCGUGGGAAGCGCCGCAGCUAUUCGACACCUUCAACGCUGCAGCUGCACAAACGAAAGUGAACGCGCUCCUACCGGGACACACGCAGUUCCACUACACCGUUGAGGCGGUGUCGCCAAACCCCAGUGACCCAUCCGUCACGUGCUCAGAUCUUCUCAGCCUGUACGCCGCACUACCGGCUGGGUCUCGCUUUCCCGCAACGGACGCACUGCGCUACCUGCUCACCGUCACCGUUGAUAGGCCCGAUAUUGUGGGGGAGACACUGGCCAAGCUGGCGACCAUCUGGGGCUCUCAAGCACAACCCCCGCAGCUCCCAACUUCGGCGGCCGAGUGGAUGGUUGCCCUGCGGCUGGCCGCGUCCGUGUUUGGGCGUUUGUGCGACGCGCGUGUGCAAGCGCCGACCAUGACCGGAGACGCACAGGAAAUGCUGGUGUGGUUGGCGGCGUCACUGCCGUCCAUGACGAAGCUGAUCACAAGUGACACGCCCGCUAGCAUGCGCACCAACUGCCGAGCCGCUACGGCUGCACUCCUCCGCAACGUAACGGUGGUCCUGCGCUCCCCAGGGUCGAGCCUAGCGACAGCGGGGCCGGUGAGUCUUGCCGAGCGGCUGGCCGUCGCUGUUGUGCAGCAGAGCGCCGUUUUGUUUGUAGUGGAACGCAAUGACUCGCCAGUAGUGCGCGACAGCCUGCGCUCGCUACGGUCACUCUUGCUGCCCACCUCACCGUCGCCGCCUGCGUGGCGCGCUGCCGUAGUGGCUCAGAUGCUCAGCUCGUUGACGUCCUCGUUGAAGGGGAUUGCCACCGGCGCUUGCGUCGAGGGCCAGCCGACGGCUGCGUGGCUGUUAGCUCAAGUUGGCUGCCCAGUCGUCUGA